GACUUCUCCUCGCAGUGGAUCUACGGUCUUGGCUGUCCAGUGAUCCGCAUCAAUUGGUUCUACAACCAGGCGCUGCACCGACUGGAGUUUGCGGUGUCGCAGAUGCCUUUGGAGCCUACGCCGCUGAAGAAUCUCCCUCCAGUCAGUCAAGUCACAAAAAGCAUCUCGAAGACGGGAGUUGGCUUUGGCUAUGAGGGUCACGCUGCUUCCGCGACUUCUGAGGUGGGCGUCAGCAACCAGGAAGCCAAGAAGGUGUCAUUCAAGUACUGGACUGGCACCUUGGUUGUGGACAUCCACAAGACGGGCUCCGACACUCCUGGAAGGAUGGAGAUCGAACUUACUGGUGCAGAGGAAGCAGAUCUGCCUUCUGGCCUGGCCUUCCUGAUCCUGGGGCCCAAGCUUAUGCAGUGGCCCCUUGUCCGGCUCGAGGUCGCGCAGCCUCUGGACUUCUGGCUAGGCAUGCUGCGAAGCUCAGCUGCACCUGCUGCAGAGGCAGAUGCAGCGAAGGCCAUUGGAGACAUGCUGGAAGAGGGACAGCUCCCAACUGGCGCUGCAAUGUCAAGUCUCUUGCAGGCCCUCACGAUCCCCUUGAAAGAUGAGGGCUGGCAUGAGCUCACCUGUGUGGAGUGUGCCCUGACACUGUGCCGAUGGGCACUGAAGUUGCAAAAGGGGAGUGCCCUUCGCAGCUCACUUUUCAGGCCACUCCACGAGUUCUUGAGCAGCAAAGACAAAUGGCAGCCUGAUACAGGCAUGGCCCGUGCUCGAAUGCAAGUGGCGAGGUGUUUGAAUGGCCGCGCUUUCCGCACUCUCGAGCUGCACCUCAGCCGCUGUUAG